AUGGCAGCCUGUGAUGUGACUGCAGGAUUCAUCUUCCUGUCACAGACUGUGGUUGGAGCUGUGGGCAAUUCCUCUCUUCUCCUCCAUUACCUGUUUCUUGACUUCACUGGAUGCAGGGCAAGACACACAGACUUGAUUCUUAAGCACUUGAUUAUGGCCAACUUGUUAACCCUCCUGUGUAAAGGAGUUCCGCAGACAGUGGAAGCUUUUGGAGUGAAAGCUUUCCUCAGUGAUAUUGGAUGCAAGCUGCUUUUCUAUCUUCACAGGGUGGGCAGGGGUGUGUCUAUUGGCAGCACCUGCUUCCUGAGUGUCUUCCAGGCCAUUAAGAUCAGCCCUGGAGACUCUAGCUGUUCAGAACUUAAAGCAAAUAUUCCCAAGUAUGUUGGUUCCUCCAUAUACCUGUGCUGGAUCCUGUACUCCCUUGUAAAUGUUAUUUUUCUAAUGUUCAUAACGGGAAAAAGGAGCAGCAAAACCAUCACAAGCCUGAAAGAUUUUGGAUACUGUUCUGCCAUUCGACAUGACAGAACCUUAAAUUCACUGCAGGCAGCAUUUCUCACAUUCCCUGAUGCCCUGUGUGUGGGGCUCAUGCUCUGGGCCAGCAGCUCCAUGGUGUGCAUCCUGCAGAGGCACAAGCAGAGAAUGCAGCACAUUCAGAAGACCAGUUCCUCAAGGUCCUCCCCUGAGUCCAGAGCCACCAAAACCGUCCUCCUCCUGGUGAGCACCUUUGUCUCUUUUUACACCCUUUCCUGCAUCUUCCAAGUUAGUUUAGCUGUUAUUUAUAAUCCUGCCUGGUUUGUGGUGAACACAGCUGCCAUAUUCACAGGGUGUUUCCCAGCCGUCAGCCCCUUUCUGCUCAUGAGCAGACGCUCAUCCAGGAUGCAUUCUGCCUGGAUGCAGAAUAGGAAGGAUGCCAAUCAUAUGAGGGAAAUAUAA